ACAAACAUAAGCUGCUUCCGGUUAGUACUCCAAAUCAGCGCGUGUACUUAAAUACUAUUCUCCGUUAUUUGUUUGGACUUUUUCCGAGAAAGGCUGUCACCGACGAGCUUUCUGCACCAACAACAUAAGACCAAGCAAUCAAAAAAUGAUAUUCCGGUUACUUUUGCUAAUCAGCAGCACAACUCCGUUAGAGAUAGUUAGCUAACAGUUGGCUAGCUCACCAGAUGUUGUGCAGCAUGGCAGUUUGAUUCAUUUCAACAGGUGAUAGCUACACGGAAAGUCUGUCUCUAGAGGCGCCUCAGCGGCAACUGUCCUGAAGAUAGCUGAAGUCUCAUAUUUUGCUGUUAGGUUAACUGUAAUGUCUGCUUAACUCGCCAGCCGUUAACGUCAGUUUGUGCGUUAGCUAAAGUUUGUCACUCGUAUGUCAUGCUCCUUGGCCGCGUCCUGUUGAGCCUCAGGUCGACGUGUUCAGAAAGUGUUUGUCUACAGAGGAUUUUUGCUGCCAAUGAACUGUCCGGACUAUCAGUCCGCAAACUGCAUCACAUAUCCACCAGUCACUGUCAAAAAGUCAACACGAUUAAGCCAUCUGCACACCGGUCCGGACUUAAAGCCGUACCACAGAGCUAUCUGUAUCAGCUAGCAGUGUGUGAUAUGCAGCCAGCCAGUAUCUCCUAUGGCAAAGAGACAACUGCGGUUUCCUCAGAUGGUGAUGAGGACGAGGGAGGUGAUGGUGGUGAAGGUGUGGUUGGACAGGAGAGUGGGACAGAAGAAUUGAAGAUAAUGAUGAGCCCAGGCCAGGUGGAUGUAGUCAGCAUGGAAGUCCAGCAAGGUGCUGCUGACACUGGAGCCUCCACUGUGUCUACUUCUACAGGACCAAAUGAGAAGAAGACAAAGAGGAAGAUGAGGAGGGAGAGGAAGAAGCUGAUGAAGAAAAAGCUCCAGCCGGCCGAUACUCAGGACAAUUUCAUGUCCGAGCUUCCAUUUGCUCUGACCAGCCCCACCGCAUGGAAGGAACUAGGAUUCUCCAACACAGAAUCAACCCAGAAGAAGAGAAAGAGGAAGAGAGGAGACAGUGGAGGGCGAGUGGACAGUGAGGAGGAUGGAGACAAGAAGAAAAAAAAGAAAGAGAGCAAACGACCCAACUACUUUGUCUCCAUCCCCAUUACUAACACAGAGAUAAGCUCAGCUGUGACUGAGGUCCAAGAGGCAGUGCUUCAGCAGGAGCCCCUAUUGGCCAAAGCCAUGAUCCCCGUCCCAACUCUCCACAUCACGCUGUUGGUCACCCAUCUCGCUAAUCAGGAGCAAAUAGACCUAGCGGCGGCCGUGCUGACCCAGGUUGAGCCGUCAUUGGCUGAGCUGCUGGGUGGGCGUGAUCUGGUGCUGCCCUUCUCAGGCAUCGGUCAUUUCAGGAAGGAGGUGGUGUUUGUUGGGCUGGCCCCCGGACAGCACAGACACACACUGGAUAGCCUCGCAGAGUUGUUGCGGAGCCGUUUCGAGGAGCAGGGUCUUCUGCAAGGAGACAGCCGUGGGUUUGAACCCCACCUCACCAUUAUGAAGCUGUCCAGAGCAUCAAAACUACGAUCUCAGGGUAUAAAGCGCGUGGACCCAGCCCUUUACUCCAGCUAUACUAACAAAUUUUUCGGAGACCAGACGGUGGAGCGGGUGGAUCUUUGUUCCAUGUUGAAGAAGAAGCAACAAGACGGAUACUACCACACCGAGACUUCACUACAACUUGAUUUGGUUCAGAAUCCACUCCAUGCCAAACGCUCAAGUGGGCGUCGCCGGUCUGAGCCCGACGAGGCAGAGCUACUGAGGGUCAGCAGAAGAUUGGUUGAGGAUGCUGUAAAUCGCGCCUUGCAACAAUACAAACAGGAAACACUUCAAAAUGGGGGUGGGCCUAAUGCCACGGCCAUGCAACUCCCUGAAAACACUGAGGAAACUGCCACAAAGACAGACACUACCGCUAACUCCACUACAGACAACAGGAAGUGACAUCAUCAGACUGAGGUACAGAGACUGAAAAACCGGCCACCUGUAAAACAUCAGCCAGGCCUGGCUAACCAGAAGAAGAGUCAGUAAGCUCUGGGCAGAAAGCCUGAACCAGCCAACCAGUCAGCCCAGUUUGCUGACUAAAUAAACCAGCUAGCCAACCACAACGGCUAGCCAGUCAUGCUAGCUACAUGCCCACCUGACCUAGCUUGACACAGUGCUAGUUAAAUAGAUAAUGUAGCUUAAGAUCAGUGCUACUUGACCGUCCCAACAGGCCACCUAGCUAAGCCUGUUAGUUAACUCACUAACUCUGGUGUCCUACAUCUAACAGUAUGGAUACCGCCCCUUGAUCCUCACUCAGCUGUGGGUCUGCGUUUGCACGUCAAACCCCAGAAACAUAUGUGAAGCACUCUAGAGACACUCGUGCACAUGUAGGAUUCACUGUGACCUGUCACUCACAAACUGCCCUUUUAGAAUAACAUAAAUCAUGUUUUGUAGACAGCUUGGUUUACCAUCACCUGCACUUUAAAAAAAAAUGCUCAAUAUCCUCUAUUCCCUUCUGACUCUGUCUCUUGUCCUUCAUUAGAUUGCUGCAGGUGAAGAAAAUAUAUAUUAUACUUUUCCUUGAACAUAAUAUUUCUUUUAUAAAAAAUCAGUUCUGUCUUCAUAGGCUAAAGGAUUACUCAUCCAUCUCUGCUCAUUCUGAAGAAGAUAUGUGAAAUGAGCUGGUUUGACUGAUAAUGUUGUGACUGGUUAGAUUCUACAAACUUAAGUAAGAAGAACAGUAUGUUGGACUUUGGCCUGUGCAAGGUUUUUUGUUGUAUUUUGAAGCAAGUCUGGGUUCAAAGCACUUUGAAUUUAUACACUUCAGGAAAUGGCUCCUCUUUAAAACUUCCAGUUUUUUAUUUUACAUUUCAUGUACGGUGUAUGUCUGCACAUCCGUCUUUAUUCUAAGUUGUUUAUGGAAAGUGGCCCCAGCUACACUUUAAGUAUUACCAUUGUCCUGCCGAGGCUGCACUGAGACAAUCAUGACUUUAAGAUAAAUUCAGCUCUAAACUUUUCAAAACAGAAACUAUGCGAUACCUGCUUUUUAAAACCCAAUUUGGACUCUCCUCUGUUAGGUCCAUAAACACUCUGGGAAACUGUGCAUGAGUCUGUCUGUGAGGCUCUGUCACAUUCAUUUAUCUCCACUAAUAACUCUAAUUUUUACAAAAGAUGUCAGCUGAAUUUGAGGCACUAAAUUGGAGAUGCAACAUCACACUACGACACAGCGACAGCACACUACAAGCUGCCACGAAUGCAUUUUCUCGUCAUUAAUGCCAAAACCUCUAUUAAUGACCUGGGUGCUUGUCCCUUUGAAAACUAUUCAUUAUUUAUGUGACAGGCAGUUAUUAGCUAUUAGACACAGGCAUUAAUUUCAUAGCUCAGCUGCCUGGCUGAUCAUAUAUAAAUGUAUUUUUGUUUUGUUCACUUACUAUAUUGUCAGUUUCUUUUCUGUGAAAUACAGAUGAUUUAUUAUCUUAUUUGUCUUAUAAAUCCAUUUAUGAAUUGUUUGGGUUAAAGUCUAUGACACAGACUGAAGCCUGGCUGCUUGAGGCUCAGUGUUUACUGGGAGUAUUAUUGUUGAUCUGAGGAGCUUUUUGCCCUGUAGUACUGUACAUGUAAGAGCAGCUACAGCCAAGCAGUUAUUCAGAUGGUGAUGCUGAUAUCAGGGGAGGUUUAACACAGACAAUCGCUGCUGUCAGCUGAAAACCCUCUGGCUUCUAAUUUCACUGUCUUCCGUCCACUCAUAUAUGUAUUUUUAUUUCGUUUUGUUAAACGUGAAAAUGAAAUCGGCCUUUCGAGCGCUGCAUUCAAACCCACAGCUCAUGAAAUCCAUUCAGAAACACAUGGGCGCCCGUGUGAAAUUACGGGGAGAUUGUCUGAAUUUUUAAAAAACUUGCCAAGGGAUGAGGUUUUCCACUGACAGCAAGAUGACGAAGAUACGGCUACAAUGAAGGUUAUUGGUUUACUCAUUAAAUAUGUUAUUUUAUGCUGUUUAACAAUUUUAUUUAUUUGCUUCACUGUUGCAGCAGAAUAGUUGGCUUCCUUGUUAGAAGAAUCAAUUUCAUGUGAAAAAAAUUAAAAGAUAUUUUACUUUGAACUGAGAAAAAGAGCACUCAGUUUACAUUUGAAGGUGGAAAAAAAGCACAAAAUUUAGAUUUUCUUUUUUAAAUUGUCUCGAGCAGGUAAAUAUAUACAUGCUGUCAAAUCAAACCACCUCUGUUCAAAGUGGCCUUAAGUCACUAAAACAAAUUGUUGUGAUUUUUUUUGGUUGAUCUGUAAGUGCUUAAGGUGACAAUGCAUAGGUAACAUUUUUAGCCAACGUGAAUGACUGGGUGAUGAUUUGCCAAAGUCUCUUAAAUGUUAACCUGUGGCUAAAGAGUUGGAUUCUUGAGUUAAAUGUAAAAAUAAAAACCAAAAGACAGAAUUCAUGUUAUUGCUGUUAUGAGGUAAACCAAUUUCUGUGUACAUGGACACAGAGAAAGAGAGACCCAGUUCACCAGCUGAGAUUUUCAGCCACAUGAGGUUUAUUUGCCUCCAGUGCGAACAGGUGUGAGCUGGAAAGUGGGCUGUGAUCGCUGUGAAAUCCACUUAAGUCCUGUCACUGUGGACUCAUUGAAAAAUCAAUAACAAAGGUGAAUUCUGUCUUAAGGUGGACUUUGAGCGUUAUCGUUUUGAUCUUCUGUUGUCACCGGAUCCUUAAUCUCCUUAAAAUCCCCUUUAAUACGCAAAUUGUCCUGUUGGUCUGUAUGGUUAUUCUGUUCAUCUGUCUCUGAGCAUGUGUCUGUGUGUGUGUGCGUGAGUUCACACAGUGACGGUGGUGUGUUUGAUCAGUGGUUCCCUAGAGAAGUUCUUGUCUCUGUCAAUCAUGACAACUCGGAGCCGUGUGUGUGUGUGUGAGAACAUCUCCACAAGUUUGUCUUUUCUGUUUGUCUUUCCAUUUGCCCGUGUGUAUGUCUGACUGCGUGGGUGUGUUGUUUGUACUGUGUUGUAUAUCUUGUUCUGCCAUAUUUGAACAAUAAAACAGGAUAUGAGAUUCAAAACCAA